GCCGCGGGGGCGCGCGAGCGGCCCUGCUGCUGGUUGGCGGGACUGCUGGCCCCCGCUGAAAUGGUUCCUCCUCCUCCCCCUCAGCCCUGGCUGCUUCUGGUAGCUCUGGUGGGGCUCCCGAGUCUUUGCAAGGUAAGGGUAUCGGCUCCGGGUAAGGCCUUGGCCGGGGGACCUCAAAAAGCGCUUUGCCACAACUUUGUCGUGGAAGGAGUGGCGCGCGCGCGGGGAUUCCGAGGCCCCUCCAUUAGUCUGUGCCCCUUCUCCUGCAACCGAAAGGGCGGGGCCCUCGCAGAGGCCAAAGCCCAGCUCCUCGACUUGGACCCACAGGUGGUGGCUGAGCCAGCGGAGGAGGCAGGAACCCGUUGUCCCGAAGGCCUGUGGCCUCUGCCUCCACAGGUGUUACCAAGAGUGACUUACACACAGGUGAGACAAGGGCAGGUUGAGGGCAUCACCUUCUUCUACCACCCCUGUGCCCACCCCUGGCUGAAGCUCCAGCUUGCUCUCUUGGCUCAUGUGUCUGUGGCUAAACCCAUACUCAUUCCUGACUCUAAUCUCACGUGGGACCGGCCCUUGGUGCUGACAGCAUGGGGGGCCACACUGGAGAUGGCAUGGAUAGAGCCAGCCUGGGUUGCCCACUGGCUGAGGCGGCGGCGAAGGUGGAAGCAGAGAAAGAGUGUGUGGCUUCUCUCUGACGCUCUUUCUGGGCCCACUUCCAUGAUGCUAGCCUCCAGCAGAGGGAAGCUGUGUGGGAGACGCUGUGUACAGGCCCCGCCUCUGGCCUUCGCUCUGAGGAGCUGGCGGCCUCCUGGUGUAGAGGUGACAUCUGAAGGGCCCAAGAGGCCCUCCCUGAGUGUUGUCAAAAGAAGGGGACUCCGGGCUGCCCUUGGUCUCCAAUCCACCCCCUCAGCCCUGAGGGUUUCUUUGGCCCCUUCACAGAGCCUGAAGGCCCAGCAGCCGACUUUGGGAACCUCAUCUGCGGCCCCUGUCUCCUUGGUGACUGGGGGACCUGGAGGCAAUGGUAGGUCCAGGACAGAGGCUCAGAUGCCUAGUGGGCGAGGCAACCCAGGAGGAUGUGCCUGCCCCAGUCAGGUUUCCCCCGCUCUUCAAGCGGCAGUGCCUCCCCCUCCCCGGGUAGUCCGAGGGCCCACUCCGCGCACUGAAGAAGCCGCCUGGGCCGCCAUGGCCCUGACUUUCCUGCUGGUCCUGCUCACCCUGGCCACCCUCUGCACCCGAUUGCAUCGGAACUUCCGCAGGAGCGAGAGUAUCUACUGGGGGCCCACGGCAGACAGCCAGGACACGGUGGCCGCUGUGCUGAAACGGAGGCUGCCCUUGCCCUCGCGCCGGAUCAAGAGGUCUCACCGACGGCCCCUGCUUCCGCCCACAGCGGACAGCGGCCCUGACUCUGAGAGCUCGGACUGAGCGGCUCCGCCCCUCUGCGUCCGCGGCCACGUGGGCUGUGCGCGGGCGCCCCCUGGCCGCAGGCGGAGAGGCCCUGGAGGCUUCAUUUGGUUUCUUGGAGAGUAUCCUUUUAGGCUCCCUGAUGCAAAUUCCUGUUUCUAAUUAAAUUAUUUUGGUAUAAUUUGGAGUUGAGCUAGUGUAUCUUGCCCUCAGUCACACUCCCUUCAGGUCACCGCCCCUUGGGGAUGUU